AUGGUCCGGUCCAAGCAAACAUGCAAGAAAACUACGGGAGGGCCUGCAAAGCGCGGCGCAUUACCUCAUUUCAAGAGCGUCCAAGGCCACGCCGGUACAACAACUAUAAAAACCGUGUUCUCCAAGCCAACACCACGGUUAUUGUCAUCUGCGAAAGUUGUGCUGAAGCCUGUGUCUCAUAACAUAUACUGCUUUUUCUGCCGGGAUGGCGGCUCGCUAUACGACUGCUCCAAAUGCCCACGCGCCGUGUGUCACAAAUGCAUCAUUAUCCCAAAGGAGUUUUGGGCGCGAGUCCAAGAAGAAGACGUCCACUUCAUCUGCCCGGGGUGUCAUGAAACCCGGGGACAAGAUCGAGAGGGUGAUACAGUAGCGCCUUAUUCCGGAUUUAUGAACCAUGAUGGUACUCCGACGCUGACUGUCCCUGCCAUUAUUAAUGGCCAUGCGGAAACAACCAGUCGGUCACAGACCCUGCAACCUUCCCACUCGCCUGCGGCCAUCAUGCGACAAGAGCUAAUGCCGUAUAGGCCCAGUGAUAUUAUUCAGUACCGCGAAGUUAUCUUCGACUUCGGAACAGUGGAGAAGUUCAACAAGCACACCCAGGCAAUGAAAAAGCUCGUGCGGGAUAUCAAACACACUGCAUAUGAACGUGUUGAAAUUGUGGUCUAUACUCACUCAGAGACCCUCCGAGGCGACCUCUGGGGGGGAUUCGAAGACAGCGAGAGUGUGGGAAGGGGGAAAAAUAAAACUAUUAUACCUGGUGAACCUGUAGCGUACACGGUCGAUCAAUUUUUCGCAGGAUUAUUUGUCGGCGGGAUGGAGGACUACGCCAAGGGUGCUACGCUAUGGAUGCUCGCAUGUGGCCAUAUGGUACGGGAACCUAUCGCAUUCAACGCGUUCAAAGAUUGUGUCAAACGUUACGGAAUCGAACAUGUGUUUGCAUUUGGUGCCGAACUUUUUCAUGCAUGCCUCACCACACCGUUAUUCAUUACCUAUGUUGACCGCGUCCUCGUUGAAGGUUUCGAGACGCAGGAGGUCAUGCAAGACCUCCUCCUGGCAUGCCCUCGACUUGCAAACCAUUCAUCUAUAGUUCAUUUGCACAUCACGAACAGCGCCUUCCGUCGUCGCCGGCCCACUGUGGCCGAGUACAAGCAGGGAAUGAUACACACUCCGGAAGAUGAGGCCUCAUUGACUACGACAACAUAUACUUUUUUCCAUGAGAACAACCGCCCCUGUGGCAAGGCUUUGCCUUACCAAUGCUCUAACUGUAUGUGCAUCCGUACUUGGCAGCGCCUCGCCUCCCGUCCAGCCACCCUAGUCGAAACCAAGUUUACGUGCAAACAAUGCGGUCACGCCAUCGCCUACACAAUGCCCAAGCACUCGCGCAUCAUCCUAUUCUCUCAAGGUUAUCGCGGGACAAGUGCUGCGAGUGUCAAGAUGGUGAAGAAGGGCCACAGUGCUGCAGGGUCUGGCUGGUUCGUUUCCGAAACUGUCGAGGGUGGCGCGGUGACGGAUGCUGACUUACCGAGCCCCUUCAGUGACAAAUCCCGUACUAUACGGGUCACCCGACCUACAUAA